GUUCCAAGCAUGGCUUUCAGAGGUAACUGAUCCUGAAUGCAAGAUAGAGUUGUCAGCUUUUCUGUUUCCUUUAUUAUGCCAUCUGUAUAUUGAUUCACUAAGAAAUGGAGCAACUGAUGCAAAUUCAAGCAUGUUUAAGAAGCAUGAGACUGUCUUGAAAUCAUUCAAAGAAAAUGAAGAAUUGUUAGGAGCCUUAAAGGAGUUAACAUCAAUUCAAGAUAUUGAUAAUAGUACUGUCAUUAACACAUUCAGAUCUUGCAAGUAUGAAAUCAAACUGUCACCUAAAUCAUUAAAUAUUUUGCGAAAAUACCUAACAAACCAUGGCCAUGUGGUUCUUUUACAGGUAAUACAGAUGUGGUUUGAUAUCAAAACAAUUCCAGACAAAGUUCUCAGGCCUGAAUGUGAAGAAGAAAUAUCCAGUGCCUCCUCCUUGGAAACUAAUUUUAUCUAUGACUUGGCAGGAUUUUCAAAUGAAGAUAAAGAAAUGACUGAUCUUUUGGACACAAUAAAAGCAUUCAGUGAUGGGCCUCCUGUUCCUCAACCUAUGCUGUUAUACUCCAUUAAUAAUGCAAACGAAUUAAUUUACCGCGCCAAAGUUUCAAAUUCAGUCAAUUUGUUGGCAGCAGGUUGUGCAGACUCCAGCAUUCGCUUAUGGAGCCUAAAUCAAACAAAUUUUUCCAAAAAUCGUUCCCGGAGUGUUUCUAAGGCAAUGUUAUGCAGUGAUAAUAGUAUUAAUAGCUUUCCUGAAAAAAUAAAACCAUGGCUCAAAUGUAAUGGUAAUCUCAAUAAUUGCUAUUUCUCCUCUUUACAUGGACAUCAUGGUGCUGUAACAGAUGUAGCUUUCGUGCCGAACACAGAGUUACUUGUCUCUACAUCAUGGGAUUCAACAAUGAGAGCUUGGCAUUUGUCUGACUUCUCCUGUGCUGCAAAAUACAUUGGACAUAAUUACCCUGUUUGGAGUCUUGACACUAGCCCAUUAGGUUUCUAUGUAGCCACAGGUUCUGCUGAUAACACCGUGCGACUCUGGACACUAGAUAGGACUUAUCCAAUUCGGAUUUUUGCAGGUCACACCCAAAAUGUCUAUAGUGUCGCGUUCCAUCCAAAUGGAAGUUAUCUUGCCUCUGGAUCUUGUGAUAAAUCCAUUAGACUAUGGUCUGUUGUUGAUGGCAGUAUGGUGAGAGUUUUUAGCAGUGGAUCAGAAGUCCGAACUCUUGCAUUCAGUCCAAAUGGACAGCUCCUUGCCUCAGGAGGCGAUAGUAAACGUAUUCAAAUCUGGGAUCUAUCAACUGGUCUUGUGGUCUGUACUAUCGAAGCUCAUUUUGGUAUUAUAUCAUCCAUAGCUUGGAAUUUGGAUGGAGAAAUCCUUGCAGCAGGCUCACUUGAUGGAAAUGUCACUUUGUGGCAUGUUCAACUCAAGAACGAGAUAGCCGUUGAACAUUUGGCAACAUUCAGCACCAACUGUGAGUCCGUUACAUCUCUUCAGUAUGCAAUGAAAAAUAUUUGUGUGUGCAUCGGAUCUAGUAAAGAAACAGAAUAAACUACUUGAUUCGUAAGUUUCGUGUAGCAGACUGCCUCUGCAAAAUAAAUAGUUCCUUCUCUCUCACAGUCCGUUGCCUAUAACUCAAAAAUGGCAAAAACUCUGCACUUUUUGAUCUAAGUAUGCCGCUUUUAGGGCUCAUUGGCGAUGUCCACAUGAGUGAUUUCAGAGGGGGAAAAACUCUAAGACCCGCGACUGGAGCAAGAUGGCGGCCUUUAAAGUCCAUCAUUUUCGUUUUUUUCAAAGCGCUGUCCCUUGAUCGCUGUUGAGCCAAUUUUGAUCAACUUUCUUUCAACGAAAGGUAUUUUCCAGGAGCGUACGUUUGUUCCUUACCAAUUUUUUCUGUAAGACUCAAAGGUUUUUUUUUAAAUUGGGAAAAGCUGAAAAAUUUCAAGUUUUCGGAAAUGAUGAGGUCGAAUAAGAUUUUGACUGCUUUAAAAUGGAUAUUUUUCCUCAUCUGACGGAGACGUAGAAUUGUCUGACCUUUAAUUUGAUACUGUAAGCAUUUUUGUGAGAUAAUAAAUUAACUCGUGAGAGCAACUUAAGUGUUGCACAACUCGUUUCAGCGCCCAAGAUGGCCAACUGAACCGUUCUAUGCAUUAUAUUUCGGUCGCUGUGCAAUCGAUUUUGAUCAAAUUUUUUUUUCUACGCAAAUACACACGAGGAGAAUCAGCUCCUCAAAUAGUUUUGGCGUCAACUACACAAUUUUUCCAAAUUUUUAAGAGAAAAAUUUUUUCAAAUGUUCGAAAAUUUUGUAGAUCGAUAAUGUUUUACAGGCAAAUAAUUAUGAGUGUUCCGUUACUAAAAGUAAAUGUAGACUUGUUUUAGGUAUAAUUUAAUACCAUAACAAAAUUUGUAUGGUGAGAAACUAACCCACAAGAGCAAUCUAAGUGAAAUGCGACGGUGCGUGUCACACAGCGCGUGAUCCGUGUGGGGUCGUUGAUGCCUUCCACUUCCCUGUCAUUUGGUUACCACUAGAUCCAUUUCGAUCAGUUCUUCCUAUGAAGCUUGAAGAAACUGAAAUCAAAGCUCUGCCUCAUUGAACGGAUUUGAAACACUUUACCUAAGCUGUUUAAUUUGAUACCAUCAUCACUCCUGCAUGACCAAAAUUAGACCUGUGACGAAAUUUCAUUUUAUUCUUAAAGCUGACCGCAUUAAUAUAGAACAUCACAGUGGAACAAAAAUAAAUUACACAAAUUUCCAUGAGACGAGAUAAAGUGAUUCUCAUGUAUAUUGAAGCCUGGAGUUUGAAAAUUACCUCGAUUUUUUUCAAUCACCUCCUAAUUUUCCCGGGAAAUCGAGCAAAGCUAAAAAAAUGUAUAAAAAUAAAUUGCAUGCAUUAUAUAAAUAUGUCUAAUUUGCUCGUUUUCCUGGAAAAAAGUGGCUUUCCCGAAAACUGAGAGGUGUUAGGUGGGUGUUUUCAACGAAGGUUCUAAUUUCAGGUCCAACUUCCCCCCAAAAUUGUAUUAUAUAUUUUGGGGUGAACCAAACUUAACCUUGACCCAUAUAAGAUGUAAAAUUAGGAACUAUAGCAUGGAAAGCUUAAUAGUUAUGUUAAAACCUGAAAUUUGACCGUAAAAUGUAUCAUUGCAAGAAAUUUGCUCUAAUUUUACCUGUGUUUCCGAAUCUUUGUCUCAGAGGUGGUGUAUACUACUUUUUAUUUUAAAUUGACGGAACUGUUCAUAAGAGCGUCCUCGAGCACUAAUUACAGCAUACAUAAUUGAAAAAAUUUAACCCUAAUAAAUCUUGCAGAAAUGCUAAAUACACAGGAAACCGUGUAUUGCACCCCUACUAAAAUUAAUUUUCUUUUCCGAAUACCUAGGUAUUUCCAGUCCAGUUUCAUUGAAAUCGAUUGAUUCCUCACCAAGACGGCAUUUUUAGCCGUGUCUGUCAUCUUAGAUUUUCGAAUUUUGGCAAUUUGACUGAAAAUUCAAGUUUCCCAUCAGGAAGUACAUGUAGAUGCCAAGUUUCACUUAAAUCGAUUGAUCAGGUGCCAAUAUAGUAUUUUAAGCCCUGUCCGCUAUCUUGGCUUUUCGCAUUUGGGACUGAUAAUUCGAGUUCCCCAUCAAAAAGUACUCGUAGAUGCCAAGUUUCACUUGAAUCGAUUGAUUAGGUGCCAAUAUUGUAUUUUAAGCCCCGUCCGCUAUCUUGGCUUUUCCCAUUUGGACAUUUGACUGAAAAUUCGAGUUUCCCAUCAAAAAGUACUUGUAGAUACCAAGUUUCACUUAAAUUAAUUGAUUAGGUGCCGAUAUAGCAUUUUAGGCCACAUCCGCCAUCUUGGAUUUUCGAAUUUUGGAAAAUUCAAGUUCUCCAUUAAAAAAUACCAUCAGACUCAAGAUUUCACUUAUAUCUGUUGAAUAGAGCACCUACAGGGCUUAGACAAGCAAGUCUCAAUUUUACCAGUAAAUGAGUUGUCAAUUGUUGCCGAAUGGAAACAUAGGACCAAAAGGAACAGGAAAGAGUAGAAAGAAGUUGUUUUAGAAGCUUACCUUUAAAAGUAAAACCAAUGUUGGUGUUUUUUUUCACGGAAUUCGUAGUAGCACAUCCUAGAGUAUUGGAAUAAGAUAAGUUUUUCCAAAACUCACACUUUGAAAGUAUUUUACGAGCUGAUAUUAGUGUGUGCGCGCGCAUGAGGGUGAGGGUGUGUGGGUGUGUGUGAGUGUGGGUGUGUGUGUUUGUGUGUGUGUGUGUUAGGGUGUGUGUGAGUGUGGGUGUGUGUGGGUGUGUGUGUUUGUGUGUGUGUGUGUUAGGGUGUGUGUGUGUAUGCUUGACGCCCUAUUAGUUUCAGUGUAUCACAUUUUGUUUAGCAUCCUGAAUGGCGUGUAUUAUGCACAAAAAUUUGCGAUUUUCACUAUUUUUGCCAUCUUCAAUGUGUGAACUAGUCAAUUGAAACAGAAAAGGUCGUAUUUGGAAAAAUUUCAACGUUAUGGUAAUUAUUUAGAGCUUGUUACAUCGUUGUCAUGUCUCUCCUGACUGUUAUGGACUGUUGCUGGCCAUAAUGAUUCUAGCAAAAAAUUAUCGAUGAAGUAACAAAAAUUAAACCUAUUUUUUCCUCCAAUCUAAAGGUAUUACCUUCCAUUUCCAAUGAAGUUUUCCCAAGUAAUCACUCUAGUUGUGCUGCAAUAUCUGUUUAAAGUCCAGAAUCAGGUAUGGGAGACACGCAAAUUUGAGAUAAAUUAGGGUAAUUUGCACAUUGAAUAUUCUGUCAGAGUCUACAAGAACAUCGUUUGGCUGGUGUCAACGUUUGCCGUAGAGACUAAAGCUGGAACAAAGCGCAUCAAACAACAACUUCGCAUUGUUGAGAUGAAAGUCCUAAGAAAGAUUGCGAGUUUUACACUUUGCGAUUGGCAAACCAGUGAGUCCAUCAGGAAUGCUCUUGGGGUGCAAGACGUAGCUGAGUGGACCAGUGUGAGGAGAAGGAUGUGGUUGGAGCAAGUUGACCGAAUGGUUGAAGAGGGACUAGCGAAAAUAUCUAUGAUAGGACAACCCUUAGGGAAAAGAUUACCUGGACGACCGCCCAAAAGAUGGGCUUAAAGCUGGCUCUUUUCUCCUGAGGACGAUUGAAGAUUUUAUGCUGUUUUUAUUGAUUUGAAGAGUCCUUUAUUUGUAGUGAUUUCUAGAUUUUUAAUAUUUAUAUAGUUUGUGCUCGAUACUGGAUGACCUGACAAAUAGGACUAUGCCCUAGUCGUCCAGGGAAGAAGAAGGAGAAGAAGAUGAUGAAGAAGAAGAAUAUUCUGCUUAAUUUUUAUUUCAGUCGUAAUAAUGUAGAAAAUAGUGUGUGUUAGUCGGCACUAGUAUAGUGAAUGAGAGAAAUAUGUGAUUUAACCAUUGUUGUCAUAUCAUAGCAAUGACAACAACUGGGGACACUCAAUUAGGAAAGCAUUCAGGUAGGUAUCCUGAGGGCACCACCAAUGAGUCUUGAAAGCGGCAUAUUCCAAGCAAAAAGUGCAGUGUUUUUUUGUGUAGAGAAUGGACUAUUAAAUGGAUUGACUUAAGUAUUACUGUUCAAGGUCCGAGGGAUCACCUGUGUUCCCAAAAUUCCAUUACGAAGAACACAUGAAUUUACUGUCCCUGAAGUACCAAAAAUGUCACUUUAAUUGUUUACAAAAAGUUUUCAUUAUCAAUAAAGAAUUAAACUUGUUCAACUCAUAA